CCAACAUGGCGGCGACCGGGACGGCGGCCUUGACGGAGCACAGCCCCGGAGCCCUGGCGGGGACGGCAGCCCGAGUCCGGCGCCCGCCCCCGGCACGGCCCGCGCGGCUGCCCCCGCUGCUCGUGCUGCUGGCGGCGGCGGCGGCGGGGCCGGGGGCGGGCGGCGCGGCGCGGCUGUACCGCGCGGGCGAGGACGCCGUGUGGGUGCUGGACAGCGGCAACGUGCGCGGGGCCACGGCCAACAGCUCGGCCGCGUGGCUCGUCCAGUUCUACUCCUCGUGGUGCGGCCAUUGCAUCGGCUACGCGCCCACCUGGCGGGCCCUGGCCGGGGACGUGCGAGACUGGGCCGCCGCCAUCCGUGUUGCCGCCCUGGACUGUGCGGAGGAGAAGAACCACGAGGUGUGCCGCGCCUAUGACAUCCACUUCUACCCCACCUUCCGGUAUUUUAAAGCAUUUACGAAGGACUUUACAACUGGAGAAAACUUUAAAGGGCCCGACCGAGAGCUGCAGACAGUGAGACAGACAAUGAUUGACUUCCUGCAGAACCACACGGAUGGAAACAGGCCUCCCGCCUGCCCGUCUCUGGACCCCAUUAGGCUCAGCGACAUUCUCUCCCUCAUUGACAACCCCGGCGGCCGUUACAUGGCGGUUCUGUUUGAAGGCAACAGCUCCUACGUCGGACGUGAGGUGGCUUUAGACCUGAUUCCGUACGAGAAUGUCGUGGUGAAGAGAGCGCUGAAUUCGGAUAGAGCCUUCCUGGGGAAACUUGGUGUUUCUUCUGUUCCCUCCUGUUACUUGAUUUACCCAAACGGGUCACACGGACUGGUUACCGUUGGGAAGCCGCUCCGAUCGUUUUUUUCCUCUUAUUUGAAGUCGUUGCCAGAUGUGAGGAAAAAAUCGCUUUCGCUGCCUGAAAAACCAAGCAAAGAAGAAAACCCUGAAGCCGCGGUUUGGAGGGAAUUCGACAGGUCAAAGCUGUACACGGCGGACCUGGAGUCGGGGCUGCACCAGCUCCUGAGGGUGGAGCUGGCCGCCCACAAGUCCCUGGCUGGGGCUGAGCUGCAGACACUGAAGGAUUUUGUCACUGUCCUGUCCAAGCUGUUCCCUGGGCGACCGCCUGUCAGGAAGCUGCUGGAGACGCUGCAGGAGUGGCUGGCCACCCUCCCCCUGGACAGGAUCCCCUACAACGCCGUCCUGGACCUGGUGAACAACAAGAUGCGGAUCUCUGGAAUACUCCUUGCUAGCCGCAUAAAGUGGGUCGGAUGUCAGGGAAGCUGGCCGGAGCUGAGGGGCUACCCGUGUGCGCUCUGGAAGCUGUUCCACACUUUGACCGUUCAGGCCGGGGCCCACCCAAAAGCGCUGGACGGCACAGGUUUUGAAGAUGACCCCCAGGCAGUGCUGCAGACCAUCAGGAGAUACGUCCACCUCUUCUUUGGGUGUAAGGAGUGUGGGAAGCACUUUGAGGAAAUGGCCAAAGAAUCACUGGAUUCCGUGAAAACCCGAGACCAAGCAAUUCUCUGGCUUUGGAAGAAACAUAACCUGGUCAACAGCCGCCUGGCAGGCCAUCCCAGUGAGGACCCCAAGUUUCCAAAGCUCCCAUGGCCCACCCCGGACCUCUGCCCGGACUGCCACGAGGAAAUUAAGGGCCUGAACAGCUGGAACGAAGGCCAGGUCCUCCUGUUCUUGAAGCAGCACUAUAGCAGCCACAACCUGGUGGACAUGUACGCUGCGGACCUGGGAGACGCCGGCGAAGGUGCCCCAGCCGGGGGCGAGGAGCGGGAGGGGGGCCACGCUUCCCCGGAGCAGCCCCUUGGAGAGCGAGGUGCCGAGAGUCUCCGCCUACCCAGCGUGCUACCCCCCAGACUCCACCUGUCGGAGGGGUCGCACCAGGGACUGGCCGCGAAGCUGGAGAGUCUGAGCGCGGCCGAGAGCCGUGCAGAGAUGGCCGCGGCCUUUCUCGGGAUGGGCUUCUCCAGCCUGGACAUGAGCCUCUGUGUUGUGCUUUACGUGGCCUCGUCCUUGUUUCUGAUGGUCAUGUACUUUUUCUUCCGGGUGCGGUCCAAGCGGUGGAAAGUCAGGCAUCACCACCUGUCCGUGUAGGACUUCGGAGACCACGGAAGCGCCUUCAGAAAAACCCGCAGCUUUACUCUUAAGAUCAGGGAUUCUAUCAGCGUCGGACCCGGUGUCACACUGACAGUACCUUCUGCUUCCAUGUCUCACUCUCAGACGCCCUUCCUGCAGGGGUGCACCUGGCACAUGGCAUGGGGCUGUUGGCAUUCCUGUCACCCUCCGUGGGCACCUUUCACAGACCCCAGAGCAAAGACGUCUCUGUUUUUACUCUUCUAGGUUUAAAAAUGGAAGUAGAAGUCCAGGCCCCACGAACAGGACUUUUCCCAGCUACCUUCACCUCAAGUCAGUAGACCCCAGGCCUCGCUUUGGGACUUGGAGAAAACCCACUUUCUUUCCCCACCAGGGGCCCUUUCAGACGCCUCCCCUUCCUGGCUGCUCCUUGAAGCCAGUGGUUCUCAGUGAUUCACUCGUGUUUGUGCUUUUCAGCUGCUUGGUUGUUCCUGCUCGAAGCGAGAGAACAUCUCAGUGGUCGCUGAGGCUGCUCAGGACCAGAGAAGAGGAGACCCUGAGUGGUCUCCGUUCUCUGCAGACAUGUAGAUGGGAGUGUGAAGGGGAAGGAAGAGCCCAUGGGCUUGUGGGACAGGGUGGUGGCCCCUUUCAGUCUGCAGAAGCGCUCCCUUUGUUUGUUAAUCUGGUGUCGGGGGAACUAUAAGUGAAUCCAGUCUUCGGUCCAGGGGGAAGACCUGCCAUAGGUGCUGUGACUGAAGGUCUGUCCGUGGGAGGGGGUGUGUGUCGGGGGGUCUGCUUCUUCGGGAUCUCUGAAGGGGCCCUUGGUUCUGUGGUGUUCGUCCAAGUCCCUGCAAGGGAGCUCAGUGAGGUGGGAGCCGGCGGCUCCCGGAGGGGCAGACUAUGGUCUUGCUGGUGCCCUUAAGGCCAAACUUCAUUUGCCUGAAGCUCUUUUACCAAGAGUCCUGGCACUGGGCCCUGGUCCCCUAGGCUUGGAUGAUUAACUUUUCUAACACUUAAUGGUUUUUAACACAUUAUUUGUAAAAUCCCAAACAUUUAGAAGUAAAUCUGCCUCUGAAAAGGUAAACAAAGAAACAGACUAUGGCUAGGAACAUUUCCAUUGAGAUUCUCUGUGGCUAUUGGUUUGUCUCACAAGCUCAGAUGUACCCACUCGCCUAUGGGUAUGUGUGUGUGUGUAAGUGUGCGUGUGUGUGUGUGUGUGUGUGUGUGUGUGUGUGUGUGACUAUGAUGGUCCUAUAUAUUGUGUCUCCCAUUCUGCCUCUUCCAUACUCCAGGUGUUUACCAAGUCCAGCUGUCCACAUGGAGUAUUAAGUGACCGCUGUAAUACUGGUGUUACCGUGGCAGCUGGGGGAAAGUGGACAGCUUCAUGGUCACCUUCAGUGGGAAGCGUGGCAGUGAGCAGCCUCAGUGGGGGAUGUGGCCUGGAGGCCUUCCGGGCAGGGGAUUCGCUCCUGAGUCUGCUGCAUCACUUCUCUGCCACGAGAGGUCUCUUGUUUGGCAUUUUUUUAACCCCUAGAAGCCUGUCUGUCUUAAAGCCCAGGAGCUUGUCUUCAUGGCUAAGUUGUGUGCCUGGGUUAUUGAAGACACCUGUUGCUUUUCAACUUGAGAAAACCGGGCAGAUUUACCAAGUCCAAAGGGAAAUACUUAGAAUUGUUCAUGAAACUGCCUUCUGGUUCAUAUCGAAUGUCUUUUUCUCCCCUAAAGUAAGUUUCUUUCCACAUGAGAACUGGGGCAGUGUUGCAGUGUAUCUUGUCACUUUACAAAACCCAGUUGAAGGGCGAUGUUGGCUUUUGAAGUUUGUGAUAGUAUUACAGUUUGAGGGGCACGGUUUUCAUAGGCUGUUCGUGGUCAGGGAGAGGAUGUGCCAAGGUGGCCAUGAACCUGUGUUUCUUGUAUGACUGUGAGCACAGUCACGCGUGGCCUGCCCAGAACUGGAUGCUCCCUCUAGGCAAGGGUUAAGUUCUGUUUGCUAAAGUUGUAAGUAUUGAGACUAAUGAAUAUAAUAGUUUGGUAAUUUAAAUGUAUAUUUAUUUUUAAUGGAAGGAUUUCAAUUCGAAAGAGGCUAAUUGACAUGGAACUGUCAGGGAAAUUUGUUAACCUGCAAGGAAAGUGAACAUUUUAUAUUUUAAAGUAAACUAUAAUGUGCACAUUUUAAAAAUAAAUAAAUCUGUUGUUUGAGAAAACUGUAA